CAAGCAGGAGCAUUGUCUUAUUUUGUAGAAAGAUGUGUGUUCUCUCUUUUAUACAGAGGACAUUUAUUACAGGUAGACUUGGCUUAAUGUGUGUCGGAGCUAUUGACGUGUCUGAAGCACUCUGUGAGGCUGAAGAAUUUACUCUGGUUCUUAUUAGCACCAUGUGUAGAAGCUUGUUUGACCUUUGUCCCACUACAUUGAAGAAGGGCGGUUCCAACCCUUUCAAAGCUCUACACCAAAAGCUGUGAAACCUGAGCAUGGGAACAUCUUGUAGAUCCAGAAGGGCUUUUGUAAACAUGUUGGAAAUAAGUGGCCGGAAUUCUCUGAGAGGCUUGUGUAAUCAGCAAAUCUGGACGUUAUAUAAGUCUCACGAGCAGAAAAGCCUCGUAGUGAUGUGCAUCGCCACUGUUUUGACUGCUGAAAAGAAUCUUUUUCAGGGAUGUACCGACCGGCCUUGUUGGCACUUGCCGUGCUGCUCUGCUCCUCACUCCCGGUGAACGGAGGGAGAAUCUUAGUGUUCCCUGUGGACGGAAGCCACUGGAUCAACAUGAAAGUCCUCGUCGAGGAGCUCCAUGCCAGAGGCCACGAGAUCACAGUGAUGAGGUCGUCAGACAGCUGGUACAUCAAGCCCGAGUCCCCCCACUACCAGUCCAUCACGGUGAACUCCUCUGCCGGGUUCGACGAGGAAGGCUUCGGGUCAUUUGUAGACACAAUGAUGAACAUGCGGCGGAACGGCGCUUCGCUCUGGGCUCGUAUUUCUCUGGAGUUUGAACUGGUGGAGAAGUUCUAUCAGAUGAAUAAAGAGUUGAUUCAGAUGGUGGGGACAAUGUUUGAGAACACCAAACUGAUGCAAAGCCUCAUCGAUGCCAAAUACGACUUGUUCCUGACGGACCCUGCCAUCGGUGCAGGGGUGCUUCUGGGUCACCGCUUGGGUCUUCCUCUCGUCUUUAAUGUGAGGUGGACUGUUCAGGGGGAGGGGCACCGUGCCAUCGCUCCUUCCCCGCUGUCAUACGUCCCAAUUCCAGGCGCAGAGCUGAGCGACAAGAUGACGUUUCCCCAAAGGGUCAAGAACCUACUUUACCUUUUCUUCACCUAUUUCCAGACAUGGUAUGUCACGGAUUCAAACUACAAGCCGUUUGUCCGCCGUUACUUCGGAAACGAUGUACAUUACAUGGAGCUGUUUCAGGCGGCGGACAUCUGGCUGAUGCGCAACGAUUUCACCUUUGAGUUCCCGCGACCCACAAUGCCCAACGUUGUCUACAUGUCAGGAUUCCAGUGCAAGCCCUCCAAGCCGCUGCCCAAAGAACUAGAGGACUUUGUGCAGAGCUCCGGUGAGCACGGCGUCAUCGUUAUGACAUUGGGUACCCUGGUGGCAAAACUUCCCGAAGACGUCACAGAGGAAAUCGCCGCCGCUUUCGCCCAACUUCCUCAGAAGGUGAUCUGGAGACACAAAGGCAAAAGACCCUCCACCAUCGGCAACAACACCUUACUGCUGGACUGGCUGCCUCAGAACGACCUCCUGGGCCACCCAAAGACCAGAGUGUUCGUGGCCCACGGAGGUACCAACGGCAUCCAGGAGGCCAUCUACCACGGGGUGCCCCUGGUCGGCCUGCCCCUCAUGUUCGACCAGCCGGACAACUUCUUCAGGAUGAAGACGAGAGGUGUGGCCAAAGUCCUGGACAUCGCGACCGUGAACAAGGAAAACUUCCUGGAGGCUCUGAAGGACGUACUCUACGAUCCGACCUACAUGGAGAAGAUGAAGGUGCUGUCCAGCCUGCACCGAGACCAGCCCAUGAAACCGCUGGACCGGGCCAUGUUCUGGAUCGAGUUUGUCAUGAGGCACAAGGGGGCAGCACACCUGAGGACGGACUCCUACAAGAUGUCCACCAUCCAGUACCACUCGAUUGACGUGGUGGCGUUUCUGCUGGCAGUUAUUUUGCUUGUAUUUUCCGUUUUCGUUUGUGCAGUUAGGUUUUUGUGGCGAAGAGUUUUCUCCGGAAGUAAAGUCAAAAAGGAAUGAGCCGCUAGAUAGUUAUCCGGAUUGUUGUGUUCUAAACAGUCUUACAUCGGUAAUUUAACACGCCUCAGUGUGUCGUUAAAAGAAAUCGCAAACCUUAUAUUACCCAACUGUUUCAGCUAAUCACGUCCGGUUAACGUUGUUUUUCCUUGUUCAAUUUGUCGGCUAGCAGAAUACCUGAAACCUCAAAUUAAUUUUAUAAAAACAGUGGCACAUGUAUCUUGUUCUACAAAUGUAUGUUUUUAAAAUAAUUAUUUCAUGCUGUAAAUAAAAAGUACCAAAAUUAUUUGUUGAAAAGUUAGUUGAUGUAUUGGUUGGUUGAAUUGCUUCACAAAACAUUGGUUAUUUUUUGAGUAAUUUUACAAAUAUUCAAGGAUUUUUUGCAUGUAUUGUCAUAUGACACCAAUCUGCACAUCUGCAGCUUUUAACAUGUUAUUGUGUUGAGAUUUAAUACUCAUAAAUUCCCAUAUUUCUUUAUUUAAGAGCCGACGGAGUAGAGACAUGAAGGUUGGAGACAGAGGAGGACAUCAAACAUCAAAAGUCCCUGACUGAACUGUAUAUGCUGCGGUCAUGUGAUAGCUGCUUCUUAUUUUUCAUAAAAAGCGUCCCAUAUGAUGCAACUAUAUAAUCUUUGGUUUGGGAAAAGAUAUCAAGUAUUUCCUUCAUAGCCGAACCAUACCAGUUUACUUUCCCCUGCAGCCCUCUGUAACCCCCACCAUCUACAACAACUUGGCCUCCAACAGAACUUCCUAGUGGACUCAAUGCCAACAAUUUAAAUGUAAUAA